GCCAAUCUACUCUUCCUACCUACGUCCGCUUGCCACCUUCGCGCGCAACCCGCAUCAUCACAUUUCACAGUGACAUAAUUUAACAAGUGGUGGGAUCCUACGACUUACGAUUGAACCUCAACCCUCAUAAUUAGGUGACAGGCCUAAUCUUCCUCUAAUACUUCAUCAAUCUUCACCGGCAUCAGCUACUGGCUCUUUACAAGGUCGUUCCCGAAAACAACACUUCCUUACACCGAACGGCCUUUUACAGAUCUCAAAACAUUAGAAAUCAUUUCUACGAUCGUGUCCUAUUUAGUCUGCCAUCCUAAUCUCUAGACUAAGCAGAGACUUGUCUUUAGUCAUGAUGCAGACCUCUGGAGUGGAAUCCUUCGUCAAGACAAAAAUCCUGAUUUUAUCCGACACACACGGCAUGAGCCUCGCAGGGAAGAUCCCUAGCCAACCCGCAGAUGUUGCCAUCCACUGCGGAGAUUUGACUGAGGAGUCGAAGCUCGAUGAGUUCCGCGCGACUCUCGAGCUCUUGCGCGCUAUCAAAGCCCCUUUGAAGCUUGUCAUCGCCGGCAACCACGAUUUUACGCUCGAUACCUUGAGCUUUAGAAAGAAGGUUGAAGAAGCAAGACCGCGAUUGGAACCAGAGCUUGUAGCAAAAUUCUAUGGACAAUAUGAAGAGGCAAGAUGCCUGUUAUUGGAUGCGAAAAAGGACGGCAUCUAUCUUCUCGACGAAGGCAUACAUCGAAUCGGUCUACAAAAUGGCGCCACGCUGGCUAUUUACGCAAGCCCAUACACGCCGUCAUUGGGAGAUUGGGGUUUUCAGUACCGUCCAUGCGAGGGCCACACAUUCAGCAUCAAAGAAGGAACCGACAUUAUGAUCACUCAUGGGCCACCACGGGGUAUCUUAGAUCGAACAAACUCUCGGGAGCGAGCAGGAUGCCCGGAUCUCUUCACGGCUGCGGCCAAAGUGAAGCCGCGAAUACACUGUUUCGGUCACAUUCAUGAAGGUUGGGGGGCGAGGAUGGUUACGUGGAGAGAGACGCUCAGCGAGAAACCUUCGCACCUGACUGACAUCGAUAAUAGUAGGUCUUUUGUCAUUGAACAGCUCAACACGUUGCAAAGGGGCAAAUUCGACACACCUGAGGAUGCAAAGAGGAAGGAGGAGAAGGUUAGGAAAUAUGCUGAACAGAAGUUUUGCGGUGCGAGUUACUGCUACGGCGAUAGGACGGUGCCAGAGGCAGGAAAGCAGACGUUAUUUGUGAACGCAUCAGUCAAGGGUGAUGAGGACAUGCCUAUUCAGCUGCCUUGGCUUGUGGAGUUAGAACUACCUAAGGUAGCUACUAGGAAGCGGGUUAAUACACCGGAAACGAUACUAUAGUAAAAAGGGAGCGCGCUCUAGACGUGAACUAAACCAAAG